GAUGUCCCUGUGGCGGUGAGACAGGAAGCAAAGGCACUAUGGAUAACAUGCCCUCGGAUGGGAGUCAGAGCUCAUCAAAAGGCAGCGUUCUGCACUCAGAGAACCAGAGGUCGGGCAUCCCUGGGUCCCUGGGUGGGAGAACCCUCGAGACUGGGGCAGAGUGGGCUCAGCCAUUGCUGGAACCCUUGAGGUACCACUGUCCCUUCAGGGCAGGUCGUCCGGGAGAGGGCAGACGGGAGGGAACGUGUCCCUCUGCGUGGCCGGGAUCUGGGGACAUGGGUUGCAGCUACUGGACCACAGAGCGAGCCGGCGAGGUGAGGCUAUGGCUGGGCAGGAACUCGAGUGACCAGGAGACGCCGCUCACCGUGCACGACAUGGUCAUGCACUUGGCCGUAAAGUACGCCAACUACAUCGCGCUCGGCACCAAGCGCAGGAACCACUGGCACCUGCUCACCUACGGCGAGUACUAUGAACUGUGUCGCCGCGCUGCCAAGGGCUUCCUCAAGCUGGGCCUGGAGCGCUUUCACGCCAUGGGCAUCCUGGGACUCAACUCAGAGGAGUGAGUGAUCGCCAACAUCGGGGCCAUCAUGGCAGGAGGCUUCUCUGUCGGCAUCUUGUCCACUGCCACCCCGAAAGCCUGCCAGAUCAUUGCCAAGAACUCUGAGAUAAACGUGUUGGUGGUGGACACUGAUAAACAGCUUCAGAAGAUCGUCCAGGGCUCCCUGAAGCACCUCAAGGUGAUCGUGCAGUACUUGGUAUCUCUGUCCCCAGGCCCACUCCUGGCCUCUCGGCAGUGGCAAAGUUUCCUGGAUCUUGGCAGUGACAUCUCAGAUGAGACACUGGACCACGUCAUCGACUCCCAGAAGCCCAAUCAGUGCUGCACCUUGGUCAACAGCCUGGGGGCCACAGGUCCCCCCAAAGUCAUAAUGCUCAGCCACGACAAUAUCACCUGGACCACGGCAGCCACCGUGCAGAGCCUGUGCUACAAGUGUCCCCCCGCCAGGCAGGAGGUGCUGGUGAGCUACCUGCCGCUCAGCUACAUCUGCGCUCAGAUCUUCCACAUGUGGCUGGCCAUCGCCGUGGGGGCUGCAUUCUACUUCUCCCCCCAGGAGGCCAAGAGCCUGGGUGAGGCCCCGCACCCGCCUGGCGCUGGUUACCUGACGGACCUGCUGCGGGAGGUGCAGCCCACCACGUUCGCAGGCACCCCGUGGAUGUGGGACAGGGUGAUGGAUGGGCUCAGGACCAGGCAGCUGGCGGCCACGGCACUGUGCAGGCGCGUGGACGCCUGGGCCAUGGACGUGGGGCUGAACACCAACAAGAAGCGCAUGUUCGGGGACCUGCAUUCUUCGCUGAGCUUCCGCCUGGCCAAGAAGCUGACCUUCAGCCGCGCUCGCAAGCUGCUGGGCCUGGGCCGCUGCAAACAGUUCUUCAGCAUGGGCGCAGGGCUGCCCAGGGCCACGCUGGACAUCUUCCUCAGCCUCGACGUCCCUAUGUACGAGCUCUACGGGCUGUCCGAGUGCACAGGCGUCCACACGCUCGCCACCCGCCAGGACUUCCGGCUGCUGAGCUGUGGGAAGGGGCUUCUCAACAUCUGCACCAAGGUGAAGGAGGAAGAUGGAGGGAUUGGGAGCAUCAGCAUCUGGGGCCGGAACAUCUUCAUGGGGUAUCUCAGCAACAACAAGGGCACCAUGAAGAAGACAGACUGCUACGGCUGGCUGCGCACGGGGGACCUGGGCUUCUUGGAUGUCGACAACUUUCUCUACAUCAGGGGCAACAUCAAGGACAUCAUCACGCUGAGUUCAGGGAAGAUGAUCAACCUGAACCCCAUCGAGGAGCGGGUGAAGACCUACAUCCCCACUGUCCGCUACGUCAUGGUGAUGGGCCAGGGCGCCCCCUACCUGUGUGCCCUCCUCACGCUGAAGUACCAGGUGAACUGGGAGGCCGGGGAGCCCCGCAUGGCGCUGAGCAGCGAGACGGUGGAGCUGUGCUGGGGCCUGGGGAGCCAGGCCACCAGGCUGAUGGACAUUGCCCACAAUGACGACCCCAUCAUUGCCGAGUUCAUCAGCAAAGGCAUGGAGGCCGUGAACGCCAAGGCAACCUCAGAGAGCGCCAGGGUCGUCAAGUGGGCCUUGCUGGACACGGACUUCUCAGUGAGCAGCGGGGAGCUUGGUGAGUGGCGAGGGGGCCUGGUCAGUCAAUUGCUCCCUGCUCAGCGUCGCCCGGCUGUCCUUGUUCAGCAAAACACAUUCAGUUCCACUGCACACAGGUCGCAGGGCCGAGACCCUAGCUCUUUCCUCUCUCCUGGAAGACGUGCUGCCCACCACGAUCCCCCCAGAUUCCACCCUGAUUUUGGGCUACGAGGCCCCUAUAUGCUAGUGUCAAAGGAGUCUAAAACCCUGACCUCCGGGAUGGGGCCUCACUCCUGUGACCGGUACGUUUUGUUUUGUUUUUGAGAUGAGCUCUUGCUGUGUAGCCCAGCCUGGCCUCAAACUUGCAGCAAUCCUGCCUCAGCCUCCUGAGUGCUAGGAUGACAGGCCAGUGUCACCACGAGUGCCAUCACACCAGGCACCCAUGCUUUUCGUCCACUAUCUCAUACAGUGAAGGCUGCUGUGCCUGAAGUGGUCGCUGUGGCAGGUGGGAAUUGUUGGGGUGUUCUGGCAUGGGCUAUGGCCCCCAGUUCCCUUCCGCUGGUUCCUAGGCAAAUCUCCAGCCACCCUGGUCCCUCUGGACCCCUGACAUGGACUCAGCCCCUGAGGACUUGGGCUCCGAGCUCCUGUGUGGCCCGCUAAGGACUCCUCCCAUCACCCAGGAGUCACCUCAAGACGAAAGAGGGCGGCUGUGGUGAAGAUAUAUCAAGCAGAGAUCGAGAGCUUGUACAAGGAUGCGCGGAGUCUCUAGGGACCAGGGAAGGCCCCUGCGGCUCUGCCCCUCAUACAGGCCGGCUGUGCCCCUGUACGAUGUCAAGGGACCCGUUCCUAGAGGGCUGCAGUUAAAAGGAACAAGCUCCUCUCUGGGCUCCGCCUUCAAGUAGAAAAGAAUAAUAAAAUCGGUUCCCUAGAGUGGGCUCCUCAGCCCCCGGGGCUGUCCGCUCCCAGGGACCCUACGGGAGGCUGGGGGACACCUGUGGUUGUCCCAGCUGGGCCGCUGCUGGCACGGAGAGGGCGGAAGCCAGGGGCACUGCUCAGCACCCCACAGUGCCCAGGAUGCCUGAGACUGCCCAGCGGGUCCUGAAUUCACACCACCCCUGCCCUGGCUGUGUGCUGAGGGCCAUGGUGAGAUAGACCCGUGGGCUUCUCCUCCCACCUGGAGAAACACACGCACACUUUCACAUGAGAAGGGCAGAGCCUCGGGGCCCUCCUUAGGAUGGCACCGGAGCGUCCCUCAGCUUGGUGCAAUCACCCUGAGACAGAGGAAGAAGGGGGUGCCGAGACCAGCCCCCCGGGUAGUGGGGAACCCGGGUUCAAGGGUUUCAUGUGCUACAUUCAUCAGAAUCACUUAGGAGACUCAGGGUUCAAACUAAACCCCACUCAGCACCCAACUGAUAGAAAAGACACAGAAAUUUAAAAAAAAAAAAAAAAAGACAAGACACAGAAAUCAGCUCAUAACUGGGCAUGGUGGAACAUGCCUGUGAUCCCUGCUAUUCAGGAGGCUGAGGCAGGGGAUCUCAAGUUUGAGGCCAGCCUAGGGAACUUAGAAAGAUCCUGUCUCAAAAGAGCUGGAGAUAGAGCUCAGGGCUCCUUGGAUUUAAUCCCCAGUGUGAUGAGGAGGGAGGGAGAGAGAGGAGAGAAAGGUUUAUUGAGCAGACAGUGCUGGGGGUCAGUAGUCUUCAGAGUAUGGUGCUGGUUCUGCUGUGGCCGCACCAUGAGGUGGGUGGCACUGUGGCGAGACCAGAAGUGACAGGGAGAACUCACAGGACAAGACCCCAAGCUUGAAGACAUCACUUCCUCCCCAGGGACCUCCUCCCCUCCCAACUCCACUCCUUGUGCCCUUGGGGACACAGGACCUUCUGAAGGCUGCCCUAGGCGGGGAGAGGGAAACACCCAACUCCAGGAAGGGCCCCCAGGGACUCCUGUGUCCCAGUGCAGUCUCCGUGCAGUGCUGUUCAGAGGAGAGGGCCGGGCCACGAGGGCUCCCUCACCUGAUGCCAUCAGCAUUAUGGAGUCGGGAUCCUGUCCACACUGCAAGGCUUGCGUGUCUGUCCCGCACAGUCCCUGUGCUGAGAGCCGGGUCCCAGGCGCUGAGGGGAGCCUCCACUCUCAGACAGGACCCCCCACUUACUCCUGCGGCACGGGGGGUGGUCAUAAAACAGCAGGCCUGGCCCCGACCUCUCCGGCUUCCUGUUUCCCCACGUGACCUCUGUACAUGGCUCCAUCCCCACCCUCAGCACAGGCCAGACUGAACUGAUGGGGUGUCCUGAGUGUGGAUCUGCAGCCUCCCUAACGGUGGGCUAAGUAAACGUCUGUCCUUUGGUACCCGGGAUCGAACUCGGGACCUUAUGCUUAUGAGGCAGGUGCUGGAACCACUGAGCUAAAUCCCCAGCCCAACGUUGUCUUUAUAAAGUAGCUGGCCUCAGCUUUUGUGUGAGAGCAACAGUGCUAAUAGAGCGGUCUCCUCUCCCCUCACUUUAACCGUCACAUUGACAGGGCUCCUGUGUGGUGACCAUGGACUGAUGAUGAUGGAGCUGAGCUGUAAGGCUCAGAGCCAGUUUAUUUCAUUUAUUUACAGCACCACAGAGUGAGUACAAGGCCUUUGUGCUGAACCACAUCUCCAGCCCUUUAAAAAAAAUUUUUAUUUAUUUAUUUUUUGGCAGUUACUUUCACUUUUUGAAUUCUGUGUCACAUGAACGUGUUGGCUGUUUAAAAACCACUACCACAGCUAGGCACAGUGUCACACACCUGUCAUCCUAGCAUUCUGGGAGGCUGAGGCAAGAGGAUUUCGAGUUCAAGCCCAGCCUGGACAACUCAGUGACUCAGCAAACUGUUUCAAAAUUUAAAGCAAUCUAAAGGGCUAGGGGUGUGGCACAGCACCAAGGCCCUUGGGUUCAAUCUCCAGUGCCACAAAAACAAGCGAGCAAAAGCCCACUACCAGAUAGAGCAGGGCUGAGCCAGGUCCUCACUCCUCGGCUGCACGGCUGGAAGUUCCCAAUGGAAUGUCACUGGGGGAUGAAUCAGGUGACAGGGCUGGGGCAAGGUACGUGGGUCCACACAACUGAGGGGGUCAAAUGCCAAUAGAGCUGGGCCGCCGAGUGGAAAUGCACCAGCUGGAGACUGAGCCAGGCACAGGUGCGCCAGGGUCCCUGCCACAUUGCCAUGCUGGGAGGGCUGCCGGGCCUCCCUCCGCCCACUGAGGAGCUCUCAGGUACAGAGCAGCCGGCGCCCUACUCAGCCAGGCCAGGUGAGGUCACUGCGUGCCGGGAUGGCCCUGUGCUACAGGUCCCUCCAGGUGGGGUCUGUCUGGGGUCAGGCACAGGGCCUGGGUUCCGGCCCAGCUUUCCAAGGGCCACUACCCUGGAUCCUCCCAGCCCUGUCUGCCCUGCCAGGUCCUGGGCCAGCACAAGCUCAGCUCCCGUCUGUCCUCUCCCUGGGUCACUGGGGAGGCCGGCAGUGCUGUGCAGGCACGCAUGUCACUGCUGUGGAUGCAGGGAGCCACUGGCCUGGAGUUCUCAGAGGCCUGGAGGCUGCUCAGCACCUGCAGGGGCCAGAAUGCCCACCUGAGAGACGCUCCAGAUGCCCACAGUGCCAGCAUGAGACCUGCCCACUCCUUGACACAGGGACUCUAGGGGCUUCCAGGCUUCUGAGGGGAAGGGGGCUGGACUCUUCUGUGCUGGGCAGCACGGGACAGGACCCCCAGAGCCCACCCCAGCCUCAACUUCCCCCAGGAACAGCCCUUUUAAUUUUUUGAGACAGGGUCUCAUUAAGUUGCUAAGUUGCCCAGGCUGGUCUAGAACUUGCAAUUCUCCCGCCUCAGCCUCCCAGUGUGUCAGGAUGACAGGCAUGUGCCACCAGGCCUAUUUCAGGGCCUAUUUUAAUAGUGAUAUCUAGGGAAACGGAAACAGAGGAGACACAAGCAAGGAGGCUAGGAAACAUUUCAGCUUUUGACAACACAGCAGCUGCAGCCCAACUUCUAGCUGGAGCCUGCAGAUCCUCUGAGCUAAUAGAUGUCAAAAGACAGGACAAUUCUCAGAAUGAGGCGCAGGUACAGCAGAGAUUUUGGAAUGACCUGAAGUGUGGUGGUACAUGCCUGACAUCCCAGCAUUCUGAAGGGUGAGGCAUGAGGAUAGCAAGUUUAAACUCAGGCAGGCAACUUGGUGACUCAGCGAGACCCUAGGAUCAAUCUCCAGUACCAAAAAGAAACUGUUGGUGAGCACACUGGGAGACUGGAUAUGGCUGAGGGAACAGAGCUGGGAGGUGUGUGGUUUCACAGUAGGCGUGCAGGUUAUACGGAACCUCAUCCAUUCAUCCUUCCCUCCCUCCCUCCUUCCUUCCCUCCUUUUCCCAGGAACAAGUUAGCUAUUGUGAGAGUUCAGUCUCCUUUCCCCUCUUGUUCUGCUUUUCCGACAUGCACUGAGGAGCCUGAGAUCCUCACCAAAAGCCAAGCAGAUGCUGCCACCA